UGGUGGUGGUUGUUGGUGGUGGUGGGUGGUGGUGUGCCCGCUGCCCUGUGCCUAGGGAGAGAUGACGACCCAUGAGCAGCAGCAGCAGGGUGGCGUGGACGAGACGCUGCGCGACAUCGCGGCGCUCUUCUCGUCGCUGCCUGCCAAGCGGCAGGGAGACGCCCUCACGCGCCUCUACCUCACCUGCCAGCCGCAGCAGCUGCGGGAGGCGUUCGCUUCGCUCCGACUGCUGCUCCUGGUCGACCCAGUCCGCUUGCUGCCCGCCGAGCUGGCCGAACGGGUCCUGGCGCUGCUUGGACCCUCCGAUCUGUGCCACGUGGCCCUCUGCAGCCGCGUGUGGAGAGAGCGGGCCAACAGCGACGUUCUCUGGAAGAGGCUGUGUGCGGCACGGGGAUGGCUCCACCUUGGCACGGAUCAACUCCUCGUUGAGACCCAACGCUCCCACUGCUCAGCUACAGCCCGCACCAGCCCCGCGUACACAGACCACAGCAUCCGCGACACGGGGAGAAGCUCGCUCGUGCCCACGUGCCACUGGAAGCGCGUGCACGCGCGCGCCGCUCACCUGAGCGCCAACUGGGCGCGCGGGCGGUACGUGGUGGAGCGCGCACUCCGAGGGCACGGCGACCGCGUCACGUGCCUCGACUGCGACGGCGAGUGGCUGGUGAGCGGCAGCGUGGACGGCACGGCGCGCGUGUGGCGUGUGGCCACCUCGGAGUGCGCGCACGUGCUCGCCCGGCACACGGACGCCGUCAACGCCGUGCGGGUCAGGGCCGGGGUGGUGCUCACGGGCUGCUCCGACUCCCUCAUCCGCGUCUUCAGUGCAGCCACGGGCGAGUGCACGCGCGCCCUCAUGGGCCACUCGGCCGCCGUCGAUCACCUCUGCUACGACGGAGCGAGACUUCUGAGCGCGAGUGCGGACAGGACCGUGCGCGUGUGGGCGGUCAAAGGCGGCAGGUGCUUGCACAUUCUGCGUGGGCAUGAAGACGAGAUACAGGCCCUUCAUCAGUGUGGACUCCUGGCCCUCAGCGCCUCCUGGGACUGUAGCCUGCGACUGUGGGACACGGAGCGCGGAGUGUGCCAGGCCAUCCUCAGGGGUCACUCCGAAGCGGUGUACUGCUGCCAGUUCGACGUGGCACGCGUGGUGAGCGGCGGGGGCGAUGGCCUCGUUGUGGUGUGGAGCACCGCGAGUGGGGAGCGCCUGGCCACGUGCACGGGACACACGGAGGAGGUGUACUGCGUCGCCUACAAUGAAAAUGUCAUCUGUUCCGGAUCUGCCGACAGCUCCGUCCGGGUGUGGAAUUUUCAAGGGCGCUGCCUCUUCACUCUGCGCGAGCACGUGGGGGUGGUGCUGUGCCUGCACCUCCUCCGUGACCGGCUCGUCAGUGGCGGCAACCGCAAGAAGAUCGUCGUCUGGGACGUGAAGAAUGGCCGCCUGCUGAACGUGGUGCACAGGAACCCGUCGCUGCUCCACCGCAUGUGGGUGAGCGAAACCGCCGUGGUGAUAGCCUCCCCAGAAGCGCCAGGCACGCUCACCCUCCUCACCUACUGGUGAGCGUCUCGUCAGAGCCGAGUCGAAAGGGAGGAGGCCGGUUCCAGCCUCGAGCACCCACGCCCACGAGCGCCGUGACAAACCGAUGGUGCGGCUAUCGAGCGCGCGGACGUUGCAACCGCGCCAGGGUCUGCCAGGCCUGGAGGAGUCCGGGCGCCGGGUUACGAAGAUCAAAAUUGGACGCAGCACCACAUUGCAUUUCAUUUCUUGCACCAGGGCCCGUGCCAAGCACGCUACGCCCACCGGACUUAACCGUUCCCCUGCAGAGACACGGAGCGGUAGGCAAGUGGUCACUGAUACGGAGGAGGAGAGUGUGUGUGUUUUGCUUCGCAAAAGCCAGCAACUUGUCUGCCAGCAUUCUGACCUCAUAUUCGUAGCUUAUGUCAUUCAACCCAGAAGCCCCAACACUGUUUUUGGUUGUACUGCGUUUGAAAUAAUUGUUAAACGGGCAACUUAUUAACUGCUGCUGAAACCCUCAUCAAAGUGCCUUUAAUGCGCGUUUUAUUUUAGUUUUUUUGCAAUGAAUAAAAUCAAUAAGGAUAUCAUCUUGGAAAAUGUUUACAUUACAUUCCACUGAAUAUGUUUGUGAAACAUGUAAUUGACUGAUGAUUAACCGCAACGGUCACUGGAUAUGAUGACUUCAAUAUACGGCUCAAGUCCUGCAAUGAUGUAAAUCAAGCUGUUAACCAUUCUCACAUAAAUGAUACACCCUUGUUUUCCAUUGACAUACAUUAUUAUGUUUUAUUUUUAUUAUUUUAUUACUUCCCUUCUACGUGACUUUACCGAAAGAACCAAGAAGAUUAUACAACCCUGUUUACAUCUACAAUCCAUACAUUGAUUUCAGACACAGGACGCUGCCACAGCGGUGUGAUGGGUCAGGACACCGUAGUGUACUUGCAAUCCAGAGGACGCCGGUUCAAUUCCAUCUUCUGUUGCAGCAGUUCAAAUAUGGACAAGAUUCUUGAUUUCCUCCGACACCGUCCACCCAGCAGUAUAAACGGGUUUACGCCACAGCAGGUCGCGUGCGGUGGGGUAAAGUGUGGGUACGUCCACCUAUUCCAACACGUGUAGUCAGCGUGGAAGAGUAGGCCAAAUGCCCUCCAGAGGUCGCUCUGGCGGAGGUCCUUCCACCGGCAGUGGGUUGAGCAAGGAAUUGCAGGGCCGCACCUUCACCUUUUUACAUGCACACACGAUUAACAUUUGAGCAAAGUUCAUUAAAUACGAACAUUGGCAACCGCAAUGAUGAAUUAUAUAUAUUUUUUAUCCAACAAUUAGAUCCUAAACGACAGCUGCACGAGGGAUUCGUUUUUCGUGGGAUAUUUUCCAGACACCAACCCCAGAUAACUCGAGCUGAAAUUAAGCCCCCCCCCCCUGGGUUCUACGUUUAAAAAAAUCACGCAGGAGCGUUCGCGUUCUCAGCGGUUUGUCGGUGAAUCAGAAUUAAGUCAGUCGGCAGCUGUUUUGAAAGACCUCCGGUUAGCACGAUUUGGCCACGUUACGGUGUGUGAAAGGAGUUAAACGCGCGGUAACACAGACACACACACGCAGUGGGCGUCCCUCGAUCUGUCUGCGCAUCUCGGUGGUAGUUGUUGGGUUUUUUUUGCCAGCACUCAUCUCUAUGUACAGCAGCGCCUCUGGGAGGGAGCAACUCGCAUCGGUGGCACAGCACUGGGGAAACUGCGGCAAACAUUGGCUCGGGCAUCCAAGUGGCUCAAUGGGGCCCCCGGAUUCACGAAUAAAGAAAGAACGAUCCAUCAAAGAACACCUCGAAUUCGACUCCCAAUAAAUGUCGACGUUAAUUCGAAUGCAAGAAAAGCAAUGCACAUCUCACAUUCCUGUCUUGGUUGUAUCUCCCUUAUCUCAUCUUCAUAUGUUUAUAAUCAAAAACCGAAAAAACAACGUAAGCUGAUUAUGGUUUUAUAAAGCCAAUAAAUGCCUCAUCACGA